GGUGCCGGAUCGUAUCAGUGAAACGAUUCACGAAUCCGCCAAGUGUAUGAUAAAUUAACUUCAAGCCCCUGGAUUGACCGUUGACGUCAAUCCUGGUUCAAUAUCCGUGCAGACUUAUCCGCAUUUAUAUAGCUUCAGUCUAGGCCACCAGCCUUCCAUUCACCACUGGAUUAGAAAACCCACCGGCUAGAUUCGGGUUUCCAAGCCCACCAGCAAGACAGAAUGGCCGAUCAGUAUGGGUCGAGAACGGCCCCGUUCUAUCACGUCCCCUCUCGUCGCAUCGUCAGUGUGGAGCAUCCUGCCAUCAUCAGAAACCUUGACAAGGCUGUCGACACGCUGAAAGGUGAUGCGGGGAUAACCAAAGUACUACAACCAUCCAAGCCGGACAGUCCGGCCCACCUGUUCCUCCGUCCGGAGGAUGCCAUGUCCAGGCCGCUUCAGUCGACCAGCUCGUCGUCCAACAACAUCCUCCUCAAGGUGACCGUUCCGAAGAGAACGGGUCGCAAGCGCAAGAAGGGAUCAAAUGAGCCCUUCAGCGGCGUUGCCGUAUCGACGAUCCCUACGGAGCCGCAACGGCACAGUGCACGAGAACUGCUGCGGAGUCUGGGUGAUAAUGUUGGAAGGUAUCAGGUUGAGCCGGUGGGCUUUAUCGGCCGGACACAUGUGUUUCGAGGGAUGCCGGAUUAUGUCUUCUCUACUACGUCUAGUUCGUUUGUCAACCGAUUCCGGGAGCAGAUAUUGCCAUUCGACUACGAUAAAAUGAAGCAAUUCGACCUUGACAUGAGCAAAGGGGCCGUAUCCAAUGUGGACCUCAUCCCACCACCCUCCUUCAGCUUCGGAGACGUCCCCUUCACUUACAUCUAUCGUCAAAACCCCACAGUCCGCCAGUCCAUCGACACAUCCGGCAACAUCACCACCGUCAACACCCAACGGGUCGUCAAAGUGCUCACGCACCUAGUAUCCUACGACGUCCCCACAGUACCGACCAAACCACGCGACAACUGCCCACCGAUCGACACCCUGGACAAGAUCCUCCAAGAGACAAUCGCAACCGUGGAAGCUCUCUUCCAGCAACGUCCCGCCUGGACCCGUCGCGGACUACGCAACUCCCUCACGACCCUAGAGCAGCGAUACGCUCUCCGCCACGCAAUCCCCUACGUAGGCUACAUCUUCCGGUCUGGACCAUGGCGCGACGCCAUCGUCAAAUACGGACACGACCCACGCACCUCCCCCGACUACCGCAUCUACCAAACAGCCAUGUUCCGAAUUCUACCGCGAGAAGCCGAAGUCGCUCGCGACGGCUACACCGGUCGUCGACACGCGGCAGCCCGCCCCAACGAAGUACCCCUCGACCACGUCGACUCGCAACUCCCCACCGACUCGCACCUCUUCACAGGCGGGAUACCUCUCCCGCGCGACGGCCGAAUGUGGAUGUUCUGCGACGUGACCGAUCCCACGCUACGCAGCAUUCUAUUCCCGCCGAACCCGGCACCGGAAUUCCUCCGCAAAACGUGCGAUAUUGUCACGGAUGGAUGGUUCGGGAAUGGUACGCUUGCGAAGACGAAGACGAUUAUGCGCGCGAAAAUCCUGGCUUUAUUGGACGACAAGACCACGAAUAAUGAGGAGUUCGCGAAUAUCUUGACGCUUCCGGAUCAUGCGACGCCCGAGUCGGUCAUGGUGGACUUUUGGCUGGAUCCGAGUGUGGCGUCUCAGCGGGAGAUGAUGAUGGCGACGGAGAUGAGAGCCAUGAUUAAGGGCGCGCCGACGUGGAAGGAGAAGACGGCGGGGGAAAAGAGGAGUCGGGGUGCGGUGCGGGAGGAGGAACAGGAGGAGGAGCAGGAGGGUCAGCGUUUGGGGACUGCGCGAUCGAAGGGGAAGAGGGCAGUUCGUCGGGUACAAUUUCAAGAGGAUGUGGUGGGUGGCGAAGAGGGAGGCGAGGAAAUGAGUGAGGGUGAGGAAGAGGCCUUUGAGCAGGAAGAAUUGUUGGAAGCUGCGGCGGAGGCUGCGGCCGCAGCGUCAGCUUCUGGGGGUGAUCAGCAUAGGGACGAAGAUGAAGAUGAGGAAGACGAAAGCGAAGAACAGUCGGAUGAGGAUGACGAAGAUGAGGAUACAGAUAUGCUUGGUGCCGAGACCAAACAAGCUACAAGGCGGAGAGCUUAAAUGUACUUGCCAAUUACUAUGUACCAGUUCGAAG